AUGACCAAGAAACGCAAGAGAACGCAAGAACCUUCCUCUUCCGACCAUCAGAACGAUAAUGGACCCUCUUCCCAAUCGAAGAUCGAUCUUGCGUACGGCCAGCGUGCAGCACUGCCGGGCUUAGAUACCAUCACGGCCUCUAUCGAGGUGGCCCACGAUGACGACGAUGACGACGGAACAAAUGCAAUGUCAUACCUCCGCAUGGUCAGAUCCGAAGCUGACGCCCUCCCGACCCUCUUCGUAGCUCCAAAACCACAAAUCGCUGGUGAAGAGGAUGGAGAAAUCCGCGAAGAGGAUGAAGACACCCUGCUCUAUGCCGAUUACGCCCAAGGCUACUAUAGCGAUGGCGCAUACACUGCACGUCCGAAUCCUCAAGCAAGGCUCGCGCUUGCCAAUGGCCCUACACACAAAAUAGCAGACCGUACGGAGGACGAAGAUGCAGACAUCCAUCCCCAAGUCGCCUACGCUACCGCCCUCCUCGCCCGCUUUAAUUCUCUCCACCACGCCCUCGCCUCCCCUCCUCCGUCUGCCAGCACCGCCAGCUUCAAAACUAAUGCCACAACAGACCCCACAGCCCUUCGCCUGAGCACCUCACACCAAACCUCUCUCCACAGGCACCACCUCCUCAAAUCCCCCCCAACUCCCCUCACCCUCUCGCAUCUACCCCACAAAACAACAAUCUUCUCUCUCCAGAUCCUUGCGACUCUCUUAAGGCCGGGGAAUCUGAGGAAGAAAGUACAAGCGAGAAAUCUAGGCGUAUGGGGUUGGGGGCUGUUGGCGCGGUGUAGAGAGUUGGGCGAGAUGGGGAGUGAGGAGGUGGGGGUUGUGAGGGAGGUGGGGAAACGGGCGGCUUGGGGGGUGAGGAGGGUGUUGGUGGCGGAGGAUGAGGAGGGGGAUGGCAUAGAAGAGGGAGAAGAGGAGGAUGGUGAUGAUGAUGAUGAUGAUGAUGAAAUGGAAGAUGUCGUCGAGGAGGUGAUGCGGAAUGACGAGGAGGCAGGAGGAGGAGAUGAAGUGCUACAAGCAGCGCAAUCCCGCCUGCUCGCCUCCUUAAAUUUCAGCUCUCCCCCUCCACCCUCAUCCUCUACAACCAAGGACGAAGCACCAGCCACCUCUAUGGACGACAUUUCCAAUGAGAAAAGCGAGGGCGAAAAUGAGGAAACACCGAAGGCAGAGAUGAUAGCGAUGCUAGACAUGCUGAUCAUGAUCGUAGCCGACAAAUUCGGGCAGAGGGAUUUAAGUGGGGAGAGGGUGGUGUGGGAUGAGGUUGACUUUACGUGA